AGCGAACGGGAGAGAGCAGCAGCAGAAGACCAAGUAUAGGGGCGUGCAGGGCUGUUUUUUGGGGGGCAUCCCACUCUUGUUUUCUGCUGAAUUGUCAGCGGGAUAAGGCUUUGCCGUGAUGGACGCGUCCCCGCAAUGAACAACUUCAACUGAACAAAGAACUUCAACCCACAUCCGAUUGUGUUAGUAGUGUGGAGGCAGCCAUGGAGGUGAAGGAACGUCGACCCUACCGCUCGCUCACCGCCCGGCAGGACACGGAGCGCCGCUACACCAGCUCCUCAGCAGACAGCGAAGAUGGUAAACCCAACCAGAAGUCCUACAGCUCCAGCGAAACCCUCAAAGCCUUCGACCACGACUCCAGGAUGGCAUACGGGAGCCGCGUCAAGGAAGUGGUUCACCACGAAGUGGACGAGUUCGGCCGGCAAGGGGCUGACUUUUCCCUUCGAGACCUUGGCUUCGGAGAAGCUCUCCCAUCGCACGUCGCCACGUACAGGAGCGACAUGGGGCUGCCGCACCGAGACUACUCAGUCAGUGUGGGCUCGGACGCAGACACGGAGACAGAUGGAAUCAUGUCACCGGAGCACGCCGUCAGGUUAUGGGGGAGGAGCAACACGAAGUCGGGCCGCAGCUCGUGCCUCUCCAGCCGGGCCAACUCCAACCUAACACUCACCGAUACCGAACACGAGAACACAGAGCACGGUCCUCCGCUGCAUUGUUCAUCCUCCUCCUCCUCCCCUGUUGAGCAGCUCCCAUACCCUCCCCCUUCCAUUGCAGCCAAUGAGAGCCAGGGAAGGUUGCUAGGUAACUGUACGGCUCAGCCAGCCCAGGACUCUGACUCUGAGGAUGAGUUGGGCCCCGAUUCAUUCUUAGUUAAAACUGGCUCAGGGAACCUGUUUGCUCCUGCCUCUGCAGCUGCUGAUGACGGAGCCUUUCAAAAUCACUCUCGGCUGCGGACGCCCCCUCUGCCGCUCUCCCACUCCCACUCGCCCAGUCAUCAGCACCACGCAGCCUCAAUUAACUCCUUGAACAGGGGCAACUACACUCCCCGGAGCAACCCGAGUCCCGCACCCACGGACAGCUCGGCCCCCCCUGAGGGUCCUGCCAGCGGCCAGGACUCUGGCAGCGCACAGGACAACUGGCUGCUCAACAGCAACAUCCCGCUGGAAACCAGAAACAUAGCAAAGCAGACAUUCCUAGAGACUUUACAGGACAACCUGAUUGAGAUGGACAUUCUGGCAUCAGCACGCCAUGAUGCCUCCUACAACGACGGACAUUUCCUGUUCAAACCAGGUGGAACCUCACCAAUGUAUUGCACAACUUCACCGGGGUACCCUCUGACCUCCAGCACGGUGUACUCGCCUCCCCCGCGCCCUUUACCUCGAAACACCUUCUCUCGACCCGCCUUCAACCUGAAGAAACCCUACAAGUACUGCAACUGGAAAUGCGCUGCUCUUAGUGCCAUCCUCAUCUCAGUGACACUGCUGCUUCUAUUAGCCUACUUCAUCGCCAUUCACCUUUUGGGCUUAAACUGGCACCUGCAGCCCAUCCAGAGACAGAUGUACCAGCUGUCAGAGGACAAUACAAGUCGCCUACCUUUCCCUACAGACCUGAGCUUGCCACCACUAGGCAACACGGGCUUGGACAUACCUGACCGCAGGGGAAAAGAUGACAGCAAAUUGGACAGCUUGUUCCCAGAUGACAGCUAUAUAGAUAUGGGAGAGAUUGACGUGGGACGCAAGGUCGCGCAGCAGAUUCCUCCCGGUAUCUUCUGGAGAUCCCAGGUCUUCAUUGAUCAUCCCAUGUACCUGAAGUUUAAUGUGUCACUCAGCAAAGAUGCCUUAGUGGGAGUGUAUGGAAGAAGAGGUCUCCCCCCGUCACACACACAGUUUGACUUUGUGGAACUUUUGGACGGGCGGCGUCUGCUGUCCCAGGACGUCCGCGGUCUGGAGGGGCCUGUGGCUCUGCAGCGGAGUCUCGUACCCGUCACCACGCACGACACGGGCUUCAUCCAGUACAUGGAUUCGGGCAUCUGGCACCUGGCCAUCUACAAUGACGGGAAAGAAAUAGAGACCGUUUCUUUCAUUACUACCGCCAUAGAGUCUAUUGAUGACUGCCCCAGUAACUGCUUUGGAAAUGGGGACUGUGUCGGUGGAACAUGCCACUGCUUUUUAGGAUUCAAAGGCCCUGACUGUGGGCGAGCCGCCUGUCCAGUGCUGUGCAGUGGGAAUGGUCAAUACCUCAAAGGUCGCUGCAUGUGUCACAGCGGCUGGAAGGGCUCCGAAUGCGACGUUCCCACCAACCAGUGCAUCGACAUCACAUGCAGUGGCCACGGGACCUGCAUCGUGGGAACCUGCAUUUGCAACCCGGGCUACAAAGGGGAAAACUGUGAAGAAGUGGACUGCCUGGAUCCGACCUGCUCGGGCCGCGGCGUCUGCGUCCAGGGAGAGUGCCACUGCUUCGUGAGCUGGGGGGGGCCUGGAUGUGAAAGCCCCAGGGCUUCCUGCAUGGACCAGUGCUCUGGACACGGGACUUUCUUGGCAGACACCGGAACCUGCAGCUGUGAUUCCAACUGGACGGGCCACGACUGCUCAACAGAGAUUUGUGCAGCCGACUGUGGUGGCCAUGGCAUUUGUGUUUCGGGCACCUGUCGCUGUGACGACGGCUGGAUGGGCACCGGGUGUGACCAGAGGGCGUGUCACCCUCGCUGCAACGAGCACGGCACCUGCAAGGAUGGCAAAUGCGAGUGCAGCCCGGGCUGGAACGGAGAACACUGCACCAUUGCUCACUAUCUGGAUAAGGUAGUGAAAGAGGGCUGCCCUGGUUUGUGCAACGGCAAUGGUAGGUGCACUCUGGGUAACAAUGGCUGGUACUGUGUGUGCCAGCUGGGCUGGAGGGGCGCUGGCUGUGACACCUCCAUGGAAACGGCCUGCAGCGAUGUCAAGGACAACGAUGGAGAUGGCCUGGUGGACUGCAUGGAUCCCGACUGCUGUCUGCAGGCGACCUGUCACACCACUCCUCUGUGUGUGGGCUCGCCGGAGCCCCUGGACAUCAUCCAGGAGACACAGAUGUCCUCCACGCACAGCAACCUGCAGACUUUCUACGACCGGGUGCGCUUCCUGGUGGGCAGGGACAGCACCCACAUCAUCCCCGGGGCCAACCCCUUCGAUGGCAAUCACGCUUGUGUUAUCCGCGGACAAGUGGUGACCUCAGAUGGGACACCACUGGUCGGAGUCAACAUCAGCUUCAUCAACAACCCGUCUUACGGUUACACAAUCACCAGGCAGGAUGGAAGUUUUGACUUGGUGACCAACGGGGGCAUAGCCAUAGCCCUGCACUUUGAGCGCGCUCCAUUCAUCACCCAGGAGCACACUCUCUGGUUGCCAUGGGGACGUUUCUUUGUCAUGGACACGAUCGUCAUGCGGCAUGAGGAGAAUGACAUCCCCAGCUGUGACCUCAGCAGCUUCAGCCGGCCCAUCCCCGUGGUGUCGCCGGCGCCGCUCACCGCCUUCGCCGGCUCCUGCGGUGAAAGGGGGACGGUCGUACCAGAAAUCCAGUCUCUGCAGGAGGAAGUGCCUAUCCCGGGGACAGAUAUGAAGCUCAGCUAUCUAAGCAGCAGGACUCCGGGUUACAAGUCACUACUCAGAGUGACCCUCACUCACUCCACCAUCCCUUUCAACUUGAUGAAGGUUCACCUCAUGGUGGCGGUGGAAGGCCGGCUGUUCAGGAAGUGGUUCCCUGCAGCCCCUAACCUCGCUUACGACUUUGUGUGGGACAAGACUGACGUCUACAGCCAGAAGGUGUACGGCUUGUCUGAAGCCUUCGUUUCAGUGGGUUUUGAGUACGAGUCGUGCCCAGACCUCAUUCUGUGGGAGAAGAGGACGGCCGUACUACAAGGCUACGAAACCACCGCCUCCAAACUCGGAGGCUGGACAGUAGACAAGCACCACGCUUUGAAUGUUCAGAGUGGGAUUCUUCACAUGGGCAAUGGAGAGAACAUCUUCAUCUCCCAGCAGCCUCCUGUUAUCGGCAGCGUGAUGGGGAACGGGCGCAGGCGCAGCAUCUCCUGCCCCAGCUGCAACGGCCUCGCCGACGGAAACAAGCUCAUGGCCCCCGUGGCUCUGAGUUGUGGAUCAGAUGGAAGUCUGUAUGUGGGCGACUUCAACUACGUGAGAAGGAUUUUCACCACGGGGAACGUUACCAGCGUCCUGGAGCUCAGAAAUAAAGACUUCAGGCAUAGCAACAGCCCGGCUCAUAAGUACUACCUGGCCACGAGUCCCGUGAACAGCGCCGUGUACCUGUCGGACACCAGCAGCCGGAAGGUGUUCAAGGUGAAAUCUCUGAAGGUCGUGAAGGACGUGGCUAAGAACCUGGAGCUGGUGGCCGGCACCGGGGACCAGUGUCUCCCGUAUGACGACGCCCGCUGUGGCGAUGGAGGAAAGGCCGUGGAGGCCACGCUCACUAAUCCCAGAGGCAUUACGGUGGAUAAGUACGGCGUAAUCUUCUUUGUGGAUGGGACCAUGAUUCGCAGGAUUGAUCAGAACGGUAUCAUCUCCACUCUUCUGGGCUUUAAUGACUUAACCUCUGCCCGACCUCUGAGCUGUGACGCUGUGAUGGACAUCUCUCAAGUCCGUCUGGAAUGGCCCACAGACCUGGCGGUGAGUCCUAUGGACAACUCCCUGUACGUCCUGGACAACAGCGUAGUCCUCCAGAUCUCGGAAAACCACCAAGUGCGCAUCGUGGCGGGCCGCCCCAUGCACUGCCAGGUGCCCGGGAUCGAUCACUUCCUCAUGAGUAAAGUGGCCAUCCACGCCACCCUGGAGUCGGCCAACGCCCUGGCCGUGUCUCACACCGGCGUUUUGUACAUCGCCGAGUCGGAUGAAAAGAAGAUAAACCGGGUACAACAGGUGUCCACCAACGGGGAGAUCUCCCUGGUCGCCGGGGCCCCGAGCGGCUGCGACUGCAAGAACGACGCCAACUGCGAUUGCUACUCCGGAGACUCGGGCUACGCCAAGGACGCCAAACUGAACGGACCGUCUUCCCUGGCGGUGUGUCCCGACGGAGAGCUUUACAUCGCCGAUCUUGGGAACAUUCGUAUCCGCUACGUGCGGAAAAACAAGCCGUUCCUGAAUCCCCUCAACAUGUAUGAGGUGUCCUCGCCGAUCAACGAUGAACUUUACCUGUUCGAUUCCAACGGAAGCCAUAUUUUCACGCAAAGUCUGACCACGGGAGAUCACCUGUACAAUCUGUCCUACACGGGGCCGGGAGAUAUAAGCAGCAUCACGGACAGGAACAAGAACACGGUGAUCAUCCGGCGGGACUCCACUGGAAUGCCCCUGUGGCUGAUGGUCCCCGACGGACAGACCUUCUGGUUCACCAUCGGCACCAACACUGCCCUUAAAACCGUGGCCGCCCAGGGUCAAGAACUAGCGGUCAUGACCUACCACGGCAGCUCAGGACUCCUCGCCUCCAAGACCAACGAAAACGGAUGGACAACCUUCUUUGAGUAUGACAGUCACGGGCGUCUCACCAACAUCACCUACCCCACGGGCCGAGUGAGCAGCUACCGCACGGACGCCGACAGCUCGGUCCACAUCCAGACGGAGGGCUCCAACAAAGAGGAUAUCACAGUCACCACCAACCUGUCAGCCUCUGGCACGUUCUACACAUUUAUGCAAGAUCAAGUCCGGAACAGCUACUUUAUCGGCCUGGACGGCUCAUUAAGGCUGGUUUUGGCCAACGGCAUGGAGGUGUCCUUGCAUACGGAGCCCCACCUCCUCGCCGGCACCGUCAACCCCACGGUCAGCAAGAGGAACGUGAGCUUGGCCAUCGACAACGGCCUCAACCUGGUGGAGUGGAGGCAGAGGAGGGAGCAGGCUCGCGGCCAGAUCACGGUGUAUGGACGCAGAUUAAGGGUCCAUAAUAGGAACUUGCUAUCACUGGACUUUGAUCGAAUCACCAGGACGGAGAAGGUCUACGAUGACCACAGGAAGUUUACUUUACGGAUCCGGUACGAUGACACCGGUCGGCCCACUCUGUGGGCGCCGAGCAAUCGUCUGAAUGGAGUCAAUGUCACCUACUCAUCCGGAGGUCAUGUGGCAGGUAUCCAGAGAGGUACCAUGUCCGUACGCAUGGAGUACGACCAAAACGGCAGAAUCAUCUCCCAGAUCUUUGCUGAUGGUAAAUCUUGGAGCUACACUUAUCUUGAAAAGUCCAUGGUGCUGCUGCUCUACAGCCAAAGGCAGUACAUCUUUGAAUUCGACAGAAAUGAUCGACUCUCUUCGGUGACCAUGCCCAACGUAGCACGGCAGACCCUGGACACCUUCCGCUCCAUCGGCUACUACAGAAACACCUACCACCCCCCCGAGGGCAACGCCUCCGUGCUCCAAGACUACAGUGAGACGGGACAGUUGCUGCAGACCUCCUACCUGGGCACCGGCCGCAAGGUCCUCUACAAAUACGGGAAGCUUUCCAAGCUGCUGGAGAUUCUCUACGACACCACGCGCAUCGGCUUCUCCUACGACGAGGUCGCGGGAAUGUUGAAGACCGUCAACCUGCAGAGCGAGGGCUUCACCUGCACCAUCCGCUACCGGCAAAUCGGCCCGCUGAUCGACAGGCAGAUCUUCAGGUUCAGCGAAGAGGGCAUGGUCAAUGCCAGAUUUGACUACGUCUACGACAACAGUUUCCGGGUCACCAGCAUGCAGGCUGUCAUUAAUGAAACCCCCUUGCCGAUUGACUUGUAUCGAUACGACGACGUGUCCGGCAAAACGGAGCAGUUCGGCAAGUUUGGAGUCAUCUAUUACGACAUAAAUCAAAUCAUAACCACGGCGGUGAUGACGCACACCAAACACUUCGACGCCUACGGCCGAGUGAAGGAGGUCCAGUAUGAGAUUUUCCGCUCGCUGAUGUACUGGAUGAUGGUGCAGUACGACAACAUGGGACGCGUGGUGGCCAAGGAGCUAAAGGUGGGGCCUUACGCCAAUACGACGCGCUACACCUUUGAGUACGAUGCUGACGGUCAGCUCCAGGUGGUCUCCAUCAACGAUAAACCUCUGUGGAGGUACAGCUACGACCUAAACGGAAACCUGCACCUCCUCAGCCCUGGAAACAGUGCACGCCUCACUCCUUUACGCUACGACAUGAGGGACCGCAUCACUCGCUUGGGGGAUGUCCAGUACAGGAUGGACGAGGACGGUUUUCUCAAGCAGCGCGGGAACGACUACUUUGAGUAUAAUUCGGCUAACCUGCUGACUAAGGUGUACAACAAAGUGACCGGAUGGAGUAUCAAGUAUCGUUACGACGGACUGGGGAGGAGGGUCUCCAGCAGGAGCAGCAUGGGCCACCACCUGCAGUUCUUCUACGCGGACUUGUCCAGCCCCACGCGGGUCACGCACAUGUACAAUCACUCCAGCUCGGAGAUCACCUCCCUGUAUUACGACCUCCAGGGACACUUGUUCGCCAUGGAGCUGAGCAGCGGAGACGAGUUCUACGUGGCGUGCGAUAACAUAGGCACGCCGCUGGCCGUGUUCAGUGGAUCCGGCAUCAUGAUCAAGCAGAUCCUUCACACGGCGUUUGGGGAGGUUUACCUCGACACCAACCCCAGCUUCCAGCUCAUGAUCGGCUACCAGGGAGGGCUCUACGAGCCUCUCAGCAAACUGGUGCACAUGGGAAAACGGGAUUAUGACGUCCUUGCCGGCCGCUGGACGACACCAGACCAUGAGAUCUGGAAACGCCUCAACAGCAACCACAUCGUGCCAUUCAACCUGUACAUGUUCAAGAAUAACAAUCCUCUCAGCAACAGUGAGGAGACUAAGUGCUACAUGACGGAUGUGAACAGCUGGCUGGUGACCUUCGGCUUCCAGUUGUACAACGUCAUACCCGGCUAUCGCAAGCCGAGCACGGAUACCAUGGAGCCAUCUUACGAGCUGAUCCACACCCAGAUCAAGACGCAGGAGUGGGACAGCACCAAGUCUUUGCUGGGUGUUCAGUGUGAAGUUCAGAGGCAGCUGAAGGCGUUUGUGAAGCUGGAGCGCUUCGGUCAGAUCCACAAAGCCAAAAGUGCUGGAUGUCCUCAGACCGAGGACAAGAAAAUCUUUGCGUCCGGAGGCUCCAUCUUCGGCAAGGGGGUGAAGUUCGCCAUCCGCGACGGCCGCAUCAGCACCGACAUAAUCAGCCUGGCCAACGAGGACGGGCGGCGCAUGGCCGCCGUUCUGAACGACGCCUUCUACCUCGAGAACCUCCACUUCACCGUCGGGGGAAUGGACGCCCACUACUUCGUCAAGCUGGGCUCGGUGGAGGGCGACCUGGCCCUCAUCGGCAUGACGGUGGGGCGGCGCACGCUGGAGAACAGCGUCAACGUGACGGUGUCUCAGGUCAACAGCGUGUUCAACGGCAGGACUAGGCGCAUCACCGACAUCCAGCUGCAGCACGGCGCGCUGAGUCUGAACACGCGCUACGGCAGCAGCGUGGACGAGGAGAAGGCCCGCGUGCUGGAGCUGGCCCGGCAGAGGGCCGUGGCGCAGGCCUGGGUGCGGGAGCGCCAGAGACUGAGGGACGGAGAGGAGGGCUCGCGCACCUGGACUGAAGGAGAGAAGCAGCAGCUCCUGGGCUCCGGGAAGGUGCAGGGCUACGACGGCUACUACGUGGUUUCGGUGGACCAGUACCCCGAGCUGGCGGACAGUGUCAACAACAUUCACUUCAUGAGACAGAGCGAAAUGGGUCGAAGGUGACAUGAACAUGGGGCUCUCGAGUGACGGACUAAAAAACGUAGGAAAUAGGACUUUUUUGCCAAAGACAAUUGUGUACAUGACCACAUUUUUCUUUGACUGUGCUCAACUUGGUUUUUUCUAAAAUACUGUAUGAAAAAAAAAAAAAAAAAAAAAGAGAGAAAAUGGUUGCAAUCAGUUGCACUGUAUUAACAGAAGAGUGCCCUUCUCCGUCGGAAGAUUCUUUAACAGUCUUUGCCCUUCAAGUGCGGCUGCUAGAGGAUGAACAAUUGUGAUGUCUUUGACUUAUUUUAUUUUUUUUUGGUGACUCUAUUUCCUCAUCCCUGGUGGUGAUUCUGUUCAAAGGAAUCCGAGAGGACCAUUGGUGAUGCAUUACUCUGCUGCCAGACUUGCAGAUUGUUAUUCACAAGCUUGCUCCAUUCUGCCUUUUUCAGCGCCUCAGCCAAGGAGAUUCCUUCUCUUUUAAUCACUCCUUUUUUAUACUUGAAACCUUCAUAUAGCCCCAGUCAUCCAUAGAUAAUGAGAGAGAUUUCUGUUGGCGGCACAGCCCUUUAUCAGAACCCCAGCUGAACUUGUCAAAGCACCUUCAUUUGUGUGAUGUCUUCUAAUUUUAUAAGAGGAGGCUUUAUACUCAUUUGUGGUCUUAGCUCGGAAGGCCUCUGUACACCCUGACUGUGCAUGUAGGCCUUUUCUUUGUGAACUACACAAUUAGCAAAAUGGCUUAAUUAAGCUUAGAUUGUAUGAUAAAGCCAACUAAAGGGUAUAAGGUCAACUUUUUCUUUAGAAUUUAUUAAUUUUUUAAAACAUUUUUUAAUGCUUUUUUUUUCCCCCAAGGAAAAAAAACACGACAUAAAUUGCUCUCUGCUCCUUUUUUUUUCUUUUUUAUUUGCCUGUGGUUAAACAACUGGAUUACUGGAAUCACACAAGAGCCGAUCCUGUAAGAAAAUACUGUGGAAUCAAUGUCUGUAUUAAACAUAAAAAGGUAUUUUAAGGGAAUGGUUUUGAAUUGCAUUUUAGUUCUGUUUUUAUAAAUAGCUAUAUGAAUUAACAGUAUAACAAAUGUGAAUUAAAAAAAAAAAAGAAAAUGUGAAUUAUUGUCCCUUUUAUUGUUAAUUGUUGUAAUUAAACAAUACUUAAGGGUGUCUGAACACAUGAAAUAAACUAUGGAGGUGGUUUAGUUAAAUCAAUUAUCGUCUGUUUCAUUAGAUCAACUGCAUCUUCUCCAUUGGUUAUGAAGGGCUGUCGGUGAGGCUGAUAUUCCGCAACACAAUGUUCAAACAAGAAUAAAUAGAUUUCAACAGAAAUACUAUUUAAAACAAAGAAACGGUAACGUCACUUAGAUAGCGGCUGCAGACAUUGACAUGCCUCGCGUUGUGUUGUGGGUUUGAUGAAAGAUACAAAUUGCCUUCGCCCUAAGGGCUGCCCCGCGGGUCAGCGUGGAAAGUGCUUCUUUCUUCAGAAUAGGGCUCCGCUUGUCCCCAUAACUGGUGGGAAUCCAUUAGACCUGCAGGUGUUCCACUUCCCAUUUACAGACUAAAGGUCGUCUACACACGCCCCAACCUUGGAAAUAACACACGUGGACACUUUUCUCGCGCUCGCAGAUUUGUUUCCCCUCAGCGGAUCCCGCAAAGGACAAAUUUACCCGUGCUCAUUUGAAAAUGUCAUGACGUUGAAAACUCAAGAGGGGUGGAUGCUCUUUUGGGGAAAUUGUCACAUUGAUUUGAUUGGUUGUACCUGUUGAACUAUGCCGAGCCACUGCGCACUCUCGACGUUGUCGUGUUUCCAUCAAACAUAAGAACUUGUCUGCGUGUGUAGAGGUGGUGAGAGCAUGUUUGAGUGUCUUAAUCUGUACAAAUGAUAUAGCAAAAUGAUAUAGCAAACACUACAUGGUUAUUUUUCUUUUCUGAUGUUGGUUGAUUCAGUGACAUUUUGUUUCCAAAAAUAGAAGAAAAAAAAAAAAGUCUGUUCAACAUAAUAUGAAUGAAGGAUAUUUGCAUUGUGGAAUAUUGCACUGAGAACUGUCGCGUCAUAAGACUGUAUCUUUUUCUAAAGUUUUGGACUCAUUUUGAGUUUUGAUUUCUUCUCAACACUGUGUUUUUAGCGCUUCUCUCUGACUGUGUACAUAUGGAGACAUCGAACUAAGCUGUAAAUAAAAUGCAAAUGUAGAUACCUUUUAGAGCUACAUCAGUGACCCUGUGUAGUCUUAAGGUAGAAGAAAAAUAAA